UUUACUUUAAGGAAAUACUUUCACAAUGCUACACCGCAGCGAAAAUAUACUGUGAAAAGUUAUGUAACGCUACUGGCUCGAGGACAACUAACCUGUUUUGUAACAGGAUGCUGCUCAAUGUACUGCUGGGCCUCCUGUGUGGCGUCAGUGCUCUGGCCCAGCAAAGUCCGAUGCCACUGCUGCUGGUGUCGUUUGACGGUUUCCGAGCUGAUUACCUGAAGAGGUUUCCCAUGCCGAACCUGAAAUUCCUAUACAGCCAAGGAGUCCUGGUGGAGCAGCUCACCAACGUCUUCACCACAAAGACAUUUCCCAACCACUACAGCCUGGUCACAGGGUUGUAUGCUGAGUCUCAUGGUAUUCUGGCAAGUAACAUGUACGACCCCGUCAGUGGCAAACACUUCCAUGGGAGCAGCACAGACUCCUUCUGGUGGAAUGAGGCGAGGCCUCUUUGGAUAACGGCACUGGAUUAUGGCUAUACGACUGCAGCCAUGAUGUGGCCUGGCUCAGAGGUUACCUUCGACAAUCGGACACCGACGCACUUCUUUCACUACAACCCCAAUGUGACGUUUGAGCAGCGACUCGGGAAUGUGACAAACUGGCUGGAACAAGGAGUGAUGUUUGCAGCUAUGUACUGGGAAGAACCUGAUCAGUCAGGUCAUAUUUUCGGCCCUGACAACGAUACUGUGAUGGCUGGAGUCCUGAAGAAGGUUGACGACAACAUCGGCCUGCUGAUUUCAGAGUUGAAGCAGAAAAAUCUGUGGGGACACAUUAAUCUUGUGGUAACCAGCGACCACGGCAUGGCUCAGUGCUCGGCUGACCGCCUCAUACGUUUGGACGACUGCCUCCACCCCGACAACUACACUCUGGUGGACUUAACCCCUGUCACAGCCUUGAUCCCCAAAAAUGAUACAAAGGCUGUUUUCAACCUGCUGCGUAAGUGCCACGCCCACAUGAAGGCCUAUAUGAAAGAAGCCAUUCCUGACAGGCUGCACUACAGGAAAAAUCUGCGCAUUCAGCCAGUUUUAUUGAUUGCUGACGAGGGGUGGACCAUCGUGCAGCGCGGGAAUCAUCUUCCGCGGCUGGGUGAUCACGGCUAUGACAACACCCUUCCCAGCAUGCACCCCUUCUUGGCAGCAGCUGGGCCCAGCUUCCGUCAAGGGUAUCGAAUGAGCAGUCUGCACAGCGUUGACGUUUACCCACUGAUGUGCCGCCUGCUGUCGGUAUCGCCGCGGCCCAAUAACGGCACAUUGUCUCAGGCUCAUUGUUUGCUGGCAGCGGAGAAAUGCUGGGAUUUGGUCUUACCGAUCAGCCUGGUGGUGGGCGUCCUACUGCUGCUCAUUACCGUAACUGUUCUCUUCAUGUUGCGGAACUGCCGCCACCAGCUGGGUCCUCGGCCCUUCCAGAGGCUGCAGGUCGACGAGGACAUAGAACCCUUGAUAGAGUAAACCAGUUCCGCAAUUGGAACACAGAAGUCUGUGUAACCUGCUGAGGUACUUGACUUGUUUUGAAGGAGGCAGUGUAAAGCUUUCAGCACCUGCUAAAGUCUGGUCUUUGCAUGGUGAAGCACAGGACGCUUCCUUUGACUCUGGUGUAAGACCCGCCCCCCAAAAGUACAACGACACUUGUAGACAGUGAAUAUAGCAAACCUAAAAGUUAACUUUGAUAACCGCGAAUCUGCAGUCUGAAAAGUUAACUGGGUUGACUGAGAUUAAAAAAAAAAAUGUAUAUACUGUAUAUAUGAGCUAGCCUGAAGUCAGUGGAACUAGAUUUACUGGAAGCGAAUGAGUCCACUAAUACAAAGUUACCUGAAAAGCUAAUCGUGACGAAAAAGUUAGCUCUGCUAAUUAGCUGUUACCGGAACUGUGCCCAACACUCACUGCCUGUAGGAACUGUUAUUAUUUAUCAAACAAAAAUCACUCUUAUGCUCCUCGUGGUUAAUUUAGGCCGAUAAAGGUUCUCAGUCAUAUAGGGAGGAGAUAUCUUGACGUUUAUGCAAAGCAAGAAGUCAUUGGAUGAGUGGAGAAAUUUCUUAGACUAAACAAAGAAUCAAUUUGGUUUUAACUCAAUUUUAGGUGGCAGUUAUUAAUAAAGGGAUGUUACUGUUAUUUUUUGCCAGCAGAGGGAGCUAGUAGCUCAUGUGGAAUUGAUACAGUGUCUAGCAGAUGUCCUGAAAUGGUGAAUUCUGCUUUUUCCUGCUUUGUUUGAACUGUUACACUAAAUGUUUCACAUCUUUAAAACAAAGUACUGUGAAAACAUUUUAAGCACAAUUUAUGCUCAUAAACCUUUAAAACAAUAAAAAGCUGUAAAAUAUGUAAUAUUUAAAAUAAAAUAUAAGUAAAAUGCUGAACCUUAAUCUCCAAAUUAUAAGAAAAUCUGGUUGUAAUUUAUCAGUAAAAAAUAAUAAUAAUAAAAUUACUGAGUAAUCACUGGUAGCUAUCUUUGUGUUGUUAGGAACCGGGGCAGUCCAAUAAAACAGGGUUUGACACUUGAUUAAAAAAAGAAAGCUGUUAAAAUGGAAAAAGAAUGAAAUAGAAAAAAAAUAUAUAUUUAUUUUUUAGUGCAAGCAGAAGGUUUGAACAGAUUUUAUUCAGAUAUUUUCUGUUAACCCUUUGAAGAAAAAAUGAAAAAUACAACAAAAGACUGCAAUGUUUUAUACAGCUGAAAUCAGUCAUGUUAUGCAUUUCUUUUCAUCUGUAGUUUCACACUGGAAAAUUAAAUCCCUCAGUUGAGUAUUAAUAUUAAAUAACGUAGUGUCUCAAUGACUGCAAUAACCGAGGUAGGGGCGCAACAAAAAACUGUGAAACUGGAAAAACUGCAGUACUUUACAUGUACCGAACUGUGUACCAUUAAAAACAAAAGCCUCAUAAGGUCUGCAGCAAUCACUUAAUGCUAAUGUCAUGCUCAGAUGUUUCAGAUGUUAUAGCCAAAUGUUCAGGAGGUGAAAACUGUACAUUCUCAAACUACCUGUUGGAACACAUGAAGUGAUAUUCUUCCACUUUGUAAUUUUGUGCAAGUUUUUGGUUUUAUGCCUGUGUGAGAAAACCUGACAGGAAUGUACUGUGAUCUGAAGCAUAUCACGGAGGACAGGUAGGCUAAGGUAAGCACCUCACUGUAUAAUCAUCAGUCAUUUUAAAAAUGUUUCUUCAAAUUUAGUGAACUAAACAUGGCCACCGCAAGGAUCCUCUCAGUGCUAACCUACACAUUUGAUAUUUUCACCUGUUCAGUUGCAACAAGAAGUGCUUAACUGAGAAUGUGUUUAGCUUUCAUGAGUCCAUUACAUCUUGAAAAGAUGACCUUCAAAACAUCUAAAAAUAGUGCUCGCUUGUAUAUGGGAUUUUUCCUCUUCAAGAGCCAUUUUUUUAAACAGGUGUGACUUGUACUCUGGAAAACAUGUAUCUACAUUAUUGCAGAUAGUUGUAUAACCACUGUGAGAACACAUGUUUUUCUCUUUUAAUAUCACAAAGUGAGGACAUUAUUUUAUUUCUUUUGCUUUCUGCAAACUGAUGUAUUCUGAUCAUGUCAAGCUUGAUUCUGUCAGUUGCCACAGAUUUUGGUGACUUGCUCAUGGGCAUUUUCUCAGGACUUUUCUGCAUGCCAGGGAUUUUUUUUUUUAAACAUCAGUUGCAAAAAUAAACUUGUGAUGUCUUGAUAUAAUUAUAUCGAUAAACAAGGCCAUUAUUUGCAACAUUCA